CUUUUUGUUUUUCUCCUUUUUUUGUUUUUGGUCGAGGCUUCGCGGGCUUCCGCCACUGGACCGCGCUUCAAUCGCAUCCGGACGGUGUCGAGGUGAGCACACGUUAGAAUUCUCUGGUCUCGAGUCUCGGUUCUCCGGCGCUCGUCAGCUCGUCAGUUAAACAACUAGCAUCGGUACCCUUAUCAUCCGCGAAACGAAGUCCGCUGUCAGACAUGAGGUACUAGCACCUCCAAAAGAUUGUAGUUUACCCCCAGCCAACCGGACGACUAAGCCCCCCACUAAACUUUAUGGUGGAUACACCAAGAGCAAAGUAAUAAGGCGAGGGCAGAUAAAGCUUAGAAUAAAGAGCUACUGAAAUGCAAAACUGAAAUAUGAGAAAAACCUGUGAACGACCAAAAUAAUCUUUGAAUUGCAUUAAAAACUGGCUUAGAUCGUUAACGUUUUCUUCUGGAAGGAUUCAAGCCCUCUCCCAAUUUAUGACGAAGACAAAUCGCUUGGUGAUUUUGAGGCAUGGCGAAAGUGAUUUCAACAUAGAGAACAAAUUCUGCGGCUGGCAUGAUGCGCCAUUGAGUGAUUUCGGCGUGCAGGAGGCCCUGACUGUGGCGAUUCCAGCGCUCUCCCAAUCCCAGUUGGAGUUCGACGUAGUCUACUCAUCCGUAUUGAGCAGAUCCCGUCAAACGGCCGAACUGAUCCUCUCCAAGUUGAACUGCGCCUACGUGCCCAUCAAGGAGGAUUGGCGACUGUGCGAACGGCACUACGGAAAUCUGACAGGUUGCCGGAAACGAACCGUAGCCGAUCGCUAUGGCGAGGAGCAGGUUCAGGCGUGGCGACGUGGAUACGACUGCGUACCGCCGUUCAUUGAGGAGAGCAAUCGGUACUUCUACACCAUUUGCAGCAAUCCCAUAUUCGAUGAUGUUCCUCGCGGCGACUUUCCCCUCGCGGAAUCCCUGCACAUGUGCGUCGAUCGGGUGAAACCCGUGUGGAAGGAGGUCAGGCGGGAGGUGCUCAAAGGCUCCCGGGUACUGAUGUGCGUCCACGGAACUGUGGCGCGUGCCCUCGUCCAGCACAUUGAGGGAAUCUCCAACGAGGCCAUCGAAAAGGUUAACAUUCCAAAUUGCGUGCCGCGCGUCUACGAGUUCGAUUUGAGUACGGGAGGCUUGGUUGGAGCUGCCAUCAAUCUGGGGGAUCAGGAGUACAUCAGACGGAAGACAGCCCAGGUGGCAGCCAUUGGUGACUGAUGGCGGAGCACUCCGAUCGACUUUUGUGGAAUUUACAUCGAUAUGUGGCCGCUUGCAUUUACUUAAGCCCCCUGGCAAACUUUAAUGCCUCUACCGCUUUAAGUCUGAGGUUAUCGGCUGAUAAGGAUAUUAUGACUACUAUUUAUUCGUCUACCCCAUCUGAUAUUUUCGGCCAAAAAUAUACAAUUUAUACAAAAUAUAUAUGAUGGAGAAGAUUACGUAUACAUACAUGUAAUAAAAAUAAGUUAUUUCGUUUCAUAAAUACCAAUUGGAUGCUACACCCAAUAAAAACAUUUUCAGUUUCGAAGUA